UUGUGAUUGCGUGAAGCUUGUCUUCCUCUGGUCUGCUUGGGAGGAGUGUUGAUACUGUCCUAAGUCCUAUAGCACGGUGAGCUUACGUCUAAUCCCUGUUUGUAGAAUUGGCGCCCCUGAUAGUUGGGAAAAUGGCGAUGACACUGUUGGAAGAUUGGUGCAGAGGAAUGGAUGUGAAUUCCCAGAGAGCUCUCCUGGUCUGGGGGAUCCCAGUGAACUGUGAUGAGGCUGAAAUCGAAGAGACCCUCCAGGCCGCAAUGCCCCAGGUGCCUUAUCGAGUACUUGGGAGGAUGUUCUGGAGGGAAGAGAAUGCGAAAGCAGCCUUGUUAGAGCUCACUGGCGCUGUCGAUUAUGCCGCGAUCCCCAGGGAGAUGCCGGGCAAAGGAGGGGUUUGGAAAGUGGUCUUUAAACCCCCAACUUCCGAUGCAGAAUUUUUAGAAAGGUUGCACCUCUUCCUAGCUAGAGAGGGGUGGACCGUGCAAGAUGUUGCCCGUGUCCUUGGGUUUCAGAACCCUACUCCGUCCCCAGGCCCAGAGAUGCCAGCAGAGAUGCUAAACUAUAUCUUGGAUAAUGUUAUUCAGCCUCUCGUUGAGUCCAUAUGGUACAAGAAGCUGACGCUGUUCUCGGGGAGGGACAUCCCGGGGCCUGGGGAAGAAACCUUUGAUCCCUGGCUGGAGCACACUAAUGAGGUCAUAGAGGAGUGGCAGGUGUCUGAUGUGGAAAAGAGGCGGCGUUUGAUGGAGAGUCUUAGAGGGCCUGCUGCUGAUGUCAUUCGCAUCCUCAAGACCAACAACCCUGCGAUAACCACUACUGAAUGCCUGAAGGCGCUUGAGCAGGUGUUCGGGAGUGUGGAGAGCUCAAGGGAUGCACAGGUCAAAUUUCUGAACACUUACCAGAACCCGGGAGAAAAGUUAUCUGCCUAUGUCAUUCGUCUGGAGCCUCUACUGCAGAAGGUGGUGGAAAAGGGAGCCAUUGAUAAAGAUAACGUGAACCAGGCCCGCCUGGAGCAGGUCAUUGCCGGGGCCAACCACAGCGGGGCCAUCCGGAGGCAGCUGUGGCUGACCGGAGCUGCGGAAGGACCGGCCCCAAACCUCUUCCAGUUGCUGGUGCAGAUCCGGGAGGAGGAAGCCAAGGAGGAGGAGGAGGAGGCCGAGGCGGCCCUCCUGCAGUUAGGCCUCGAAGGGCACUUUUGAGUCCCCUAAAGACGGCUUUAGUGCAGACCUAGAUCACAGCUGCUUCCCUGUCCCAGUGGAGUCUCAUAGGUGUGUCUCUGAAUAGUAAGACUUACCCUGUUCUAUUUUGGGGUUGGUUUUUUUUUUUUGAAGGGGGGUGGGGGCAGGGGUAGUCAAGCCUGCAUAUUCAUGUAACAUU